CACAGUUUCAAGAUGGAGCAAAGCGAGUAGGCAAGGAUGUGAUCAAGAUAACUGUAAGGAAUAAUAAUGUGUAUGUUUGUGUGUAACGUAACGUAACGUAACGUAACGAGCAGCCAGCCAAUCUGGAGUAUUCAAGAACUGAACCACCGUUAGCACCCUGCAACCCAAAUAGUAAUAUAGUCAUACACCACCAGUCAUCACCAUCCAGUAUGCCAGCUCUAGUCGCCAGUCCCACUCCAUCAUCGCCUACACCAACUAGACAUGAUCCAAGUCUUCAACGGCUGAUAUUAGCAUUGGAUCAAAUUCCAAAUAAAAUAGAUGUAAGACAAGAAGAUUUGAUUUUUCUAAAUAAUUUGCUGCAAAGUUCAGAAUUACAAGCACUACUCAAGAUCCAUGGUAAAGUGUCGACAAAUGAAUGUAUAGAACCAUGUCCUGUGGCAUCCAAUGCAUCCCAGAUAGCGUAUGAUGUUGGUGAUGAUUUACGGAGUAAACCUAUGAAUUCAGAUGCCAAGGAAUUAUAUCAAAUACUAGCAUUUCCACAUUUCCAAGCAUUAUUAGAAUGUCAUGACAAGAUUGCCAGUAAAGAUUUUAUGCCAAGAUUACCUGAAUUACCGCUAGAUAUAGAUGAAGGAGAACCGUCUGUUAAAAUAGUUAGACUUGUGAAAAGCAAUGAACCACUGGGUGCAACAAUUAAGUGUGAUGAAGACAGUGGUAUGAUAGUAAUAGCUCGUAUUAUGCAUGGCGGUGCUGCCGAUAGGAGCGGUGUGAUACACGUUGGUGACGAGGUGCAUGAAGUUAACGGUAUUCCAGUUAAAGGAAAAGAACCAGAUGAUGUCGUGAGUAUACUGGCUGGUAUCAAUGGCACCAUAACUUUUAAAUUAGUACCGGCAGAAUUAGAGUUUGAAAAUAGAAUAUACCGGGAAAGCCAGGUUAGGGUACGAGCACACUUUGAUUAUGAUCCCAAAGACGAUAAAUUAAUCCCUUGCAAGGAAGCUGGAUUAGGAUUUAAUAAAGGGGAUAUAUUACAUAUCGUAAAUCAAGAUGAUCCUACUUGGUGGCAAGCCCGGAAAGAAGGAGAUAAAAACCAACGUGCCGGAUUAAUCCCCGGAAGACAAUUACAAGAAAGACGAGAAGCGUUGAAGAGAACGACUCCAUCGUCUCCAGCAUUCCAACGAGAACAAGGGUCUCCAGGGUUACGCGGAUCAGGAAGAGGUAGUACUAUUAGAAAUAGUAAACGAAAAACAAGAAAAAUAAUGUAUCAUGCCAAAGAAAAUGACGAAUAUGAUAACGAAGAGAUUAUAGUUUUUGAUGAAGUAGCAAGGUUUCAGGUUACACCUGGCAGAUAUAGGCCCAUUGUAAUGAUAGCUGCUCCCGGUGUUGGAAGAAAUGAACUAAAAAGAAGAAUUAUAGCGAGUGAUCCAAGUCAUUUUAAAGCCACAAUACCUCAUACAUCACGACCUAAGAAACCAACAGAAGUUGAAGGCAAGGAAUACCAUUUUUUAUCUCGUCUACAAAUGGAAUCGGAUAUACAAAACAAUAGAUUUAUUGAGCAUGGUGAAUAUAAAGGCAAUCUAUAUGGAACUAGUCUAGACGCUAUAUACGAUGUUGUCAAUUCAUCUAAAGUCUGUAUUUUGAAUGUGCAUCCUCAGGCAAUCAAACUUUUACGAAUAUCUGAUUUGAAGCCUUACAUUGUGUUCGUCAAACCACCGUCAAUUGAUAGACUACGUAUGACAAGAUUGUCAGCUCAAGCCAAGUCUACGUUAGAUCCAACGCUUACGAGGACAUUCAGUGACGAAGAACUGCACGAGAUGAUCGCCACAUCACAGCGAAUUGAAGCAUUAUACAGUCACUACUUUGAUUACACGUUAAUCAAUGACGACUUACAAGUAGCGUACAGCGAACUACGGGUCAUAGCGUACAGAGUAGAACACGAACCACAGUGGGUUCCUGCAGGCUGGGUUAGAUAACCAAGGACACGAAUUACAUAUCGAGUAUAACCUUUGAGCAUCUUGCAUGAACCGUAUAUCACCCCUUUGCAUGGAUUAUCAUACCCGGUGACCUCUAUCGAAAUUUGUAUUUCACUUGCCUCGGCAGAAAGUAUAGAUGUUACGUGUUACAGAUAUUUUGUAGAUAAACCUUAUAUAUACAUUCUUAUAUUCCAAUUAAUUCUAAGAUAGCAAUAUCAUACACGUGUAUAUUAUAGACAUCUAGAAUCAUUAUUAUAUUACAAAGUACUUUUUUUUUAAAAAAAACACAUU